AGUGUAUGUGAUAAGAAGGUGGGGGUGAGAGACCCCGUCGUGUUUUGACCCCCCAAACAACUCCCAACCACCAUCUCUCCCCAUAUCAUCUUUGCCUCUCUCAAUGUUCAAAGCAACAUCGCUCAUGUCGCUGUGACAUUUCCCAGCCUGUCGCGACAGUCCAUGGACAGCGAGAACGACCAAAAAGGACGCUAUUUCUCCUAACCAAGGAUCUCGCCUGCGAGCCGGACCCAAAGACAUAACGUGCGGACCUACCAGAGCGCUCUCGAAACCGAAGCCCAUGCAGAAUACCACGCCUGAGAGUGACUAUAACCUAUACGUCAAAUCUAGAUUUCGAUAAUCUGGAUACAGGAGGCAGAACGCCUGCGCUGGACAGCCGGCUGGUCUCAUCCUUCCUGGAGUAGGAUUGGCUUCCGUGUCGCAUGGAUAAGAGGUAUGAAGACCUGGUGCACUACUCAGGGUCAGAGGGCAUGCCUGUGGGGGCGUAUGGAGAGGCCAUGAGGUCACUGCCCCCCCCUCACUAUGGCCACACUGUCCCAGAUUCCCUCAAACACCACAGGGACCAGAUCUAUGGUCAUCCCCUGUUUCCACUUCUGGCCCUGGUGUUUGAGAAGUGUGAGCUGGCCACCUGCUCCCCGCGGGACGUCACAGCCCUCUCAGUCCCACUCCACCUCCAAGGCCUGACCAAUCACAGUGAUGUAUGCUCCUCAGACUCAUUCAACGAUGACAUCGCAGCCUUCGCCAAACAGAUUCGCUCAGAGAAGCCCAUUUUUUCUACAAAUCCUGAACUGGACAACCUGAUGAUCCAGGCCAUCCAGGUACUACGUUUCCACCUGUUGGAGCUGGAAAAGGUUCAUGACCUGUGUGAUAACUUCUGCAAUCGCUACAUCACCUGCCUGAAGGGCAAGAUGCCCACAGACCUGAUUCUGGAUGACAGGGAGGGCGGGUCAAAGUCCGACGUGGAGGAUUUCACUGGCUCCUGCACCAGUCUGUCAGAGCAGAAUCCGUCGUGGUUGCGGGACCCAGAUGACUGUGCGUCCACUCCACUAGGGACCCCUGGCAUGUCGUGUGGCCUGCCUUCACACAGCACAGACAACUGCAGCGAUACGGGGGAUGGUUUGGAUGGGGGCGUGGCCUCCCCCAGUACGGGAGAGGAGGACGAGACGGACCGAGACAGAAGGAACAACAAGAAGAGGGGCAUUUUCCCCAAACUGGCAACCAACAUCAUGAGGGCAUGGCUCUUCCAGCAUUUAUCGCACCCAUACCCCUCGGAGGAGCAGAAGAAGCAGCUGGCACAGGACACAGGACUGACCAUCCUGCAGGUCAACAACUGGUUUAUCAAUGCAAGACGGAGAAUAGUACAGCCCAUGAUUGACCAGUCAAAUCGCUCAGGUCAAGGUGGUCCUUACAGCCCAGAGGGAGCAACCCUGGGGGGCUACGGACUGGACGGCCAAGCCCACCUGGCUCUCAGGGCAGCAGGUCUUCAGGGGAUGCCGUCUCUUCCAGGAGAGUACCCCGGGGCCCUGCUGUCCCAGUCUGGCUACCCCCACGCCGGCCCAUCCCUGCACCCCUACCCCGGCCCCCACCCCGCCAUGCUGUUGCACCCGCCGCCCCACCCCCACCCCUCCGAUCCCCUCAUAGGCCAGGGCCUGGACAUACACGCCCACUAACUGAGAAGGAAGGGUGUGAAGGAGAGGGGAGAGAGGGGCCACCCUGGGGGAGAUGGGGGCUCACACACCCGCCACACGCUAUCUACGACAGCAUGGCGCAGUAUAAAUGUUUACAUUCCCGCUGUAAGACACUGACCUCCACAUAGUCACUCAACCCACUCAACCCAUUGUCUGCAACAUGCAUACACUGCCCUUAACAUACCACCACUGACCCCUCUUAUACCAUCAAUAACAUACUUACAUUCCAUCUCACAGAUGUAGACAAAGACACACACCAUACUGAGCCCUUGAGUGUGAGCCAAACCCACUUCAGGGUGGAAGAGGCGAGCGUCCUCAGCCCCUUCCCUCUCUACAUACUCUAUGGUGACAGUGAGCUGUCUGACUCCCAGGAUAGCACCCCCUCUAGGAGCAUAGAGGAACACCCCACAUGGACCACUGACCAGCCAACAUGCCUCUCUCCCACCUGGCCUACUGGCCAACCAAGCGGAAAGACAGAAGGACACAGGUCAGACACACAGCUACCGAUCUGCCUGUGUCACCUUAACCUCCAUAACCCUCAACGCCCCCCCAGCCUUAUGACCUCACACAGCCCAGGCUUGAAGCGUUGUGAUUGGACAGAACGCCAAUGAUGCACUCUAACCUCUCUCCGCCACGCCCCAGGCCACGCCGUCUUCCCACACCGACAACUGUCACACACACACCCACCAAUUUAAUUUGAGUUUUUUUCGAUCUAUUUUUGUAUUUAUAUGUGUCAGAGAGAUGCGACCUCACAAAAGUCCUGUGAACAGCGAUCUUCCAGGGUGUCACUCUGCAUGACUCUAGUACACUAUGAAUGAGAUCAAUUAUCUCUCUCAGUUUGUUCAAGGACGUACCUUGGUUUGUUUAAAGACAUUGGAAUGAGUUGAUCACUUACCUCCUUAAGAUCCUGUUAGACAUGAAUAGUAGGGUUUACUGUUGGAUCCACAUCAUAGGCCAAACAGUGAGCACACACACGCACACACACACACACGAUCCUGUCGUACCAUUUCAUGGUCCAUGUUGUUUGCCAUUGGGUUUAAGGAGGACAGCCAAAGGACUUUACACAUGCUGCAUCUUCCUCAGUCCCUUAUGGGUCUCUGAUGAAAUAAUUUAUUUCCAAAUGUUAAUGAUGGUAAUUGAUGAUAAUGAUGUUACAGUUAUGAUUACGCUUAUAGUAUUAAAACCUUUCUUUUGUAAAAGCGUGUGAAUUACUUAUUCUUUGCGUUUACCCUCCAAUUAUUCGCAGUUAGACGUGAAAGGUCUACACAGUAGUGAAAUACACAAAUCGGUAUUUGGUCAUCUUGAAAAUAUUUAUAUUUUCUUCCUGGUACAAUCACAUGUUGUAACUAUAUGCGAAUUGGCUCAUUGUCAACUGAUGUUUGCAGCAGCUUUGUACCCCCUUUUCUUAUUUUUCUCUACUAGCCUAGCAUCCUCCCUGACCUCUCUCCCUCUCUCCCUCUCUCCUUCUCUCCUUUAGUUUAGCUCUUGGUUUGUUUUCUACUCCUCCUUUUCACUCUGUCUUUCCACAUUCCUUCUUCAUUCACUUCAUACCUCCUCCCAUCUGCAGGGCCAUGUGCAACAAGGUUCAAAUCCAAGCCAAAGUGAUUACUCAUUAAAUGUCAAACACAAUUCAAAUGCAUUUGGCCUGGCCUAAACCCUCCUCCUCCACCCGGCCAUCCAUUCAAUCCCCACCUCACCCCUGUCAUGUGAUAGAUGCAGCCUGCAGCAUGGAUCAGAGUUCAUACAAGGGUCAACAGGAAAUGGCUUGGCUUUCUGACCCUCAGGGCUGACCCCAAGUCCCACCACUUAUUUUCCUUUCCAUACACUCAUUCGCCUUGUCACUCUCUACUCUCUAGACAUGCUAGUCAUGUCCCAGCUGUACAUUUUGUCCCCAAUCCCUGGACACACAGUUGGUUCAUAAUCUGUUGCAUUGCAGGUCAAUUCUUUAUAUUGAGCUUCCUGACCAUAUGCAUGAGUUCAUUUAUGAAUGCGUUCAUCUUGCUUAUUAUCUUGACUAUGUAAAGCGACUUUGGAGCUUGAAAAGCACUUAAAAUAAAAUGUGUUAUUAUUAUUAUUUAAACACUAUGGUCCCAUAAAGAACAUCAUUGACUGUAUGAUAGUCUAAAGAUCUCAGAACCAACAACAGACAGACAGCAGCAGUGAGAUGCUAUUCAUACUGUUUUCACUUUAUGAUUGCUUUUGAUAGCUAGAGUCCGUAGCCUCACACAAACACAAAAUCCAUUAGCUAGUGGAAAUUGCAUUGCAUAAAUGUGCCAACACCGGGAAAGAGAAGGGACAGAGAACAGUGUGUACAGCCACAGAGCUCAGUGAGGGAAACGUAUAGUGUGAAGUCAUUAUGACAACUAAGUCUAUCUUAAUAAUGAAAUAACCCAAAACUGGAGGAACUGGAAGGCUAGAGUUGGAUAAGAGCGUCUGCUAAAUGACUUAAAUGUAAAUGUAGAGUGGGAGAAAAUAUUAUAACACACAUUUUGAGAGCAUACAGCUUUGUCAAUAUAACUGUAACCUAACCUUAAUAUAAACCAGAUGUCUUCAAUAUUUGUGACAACAUUUUACAAAUAUAGUGAAUCAUAGCAUGAUUUUGGCAGACGUGUUACGGAUUAUUUGUGUUACAGAAAUACAAGGGCUAAACAAUAUUGUGUCCUAUUUUUAA